AUGAGUACCGCGCAAGAUUCAAGCCGCACCACAACAAGCGCAACCCCAACUUCCCUGCCCGAAGACAAUGGCAGUGUGGGGAAUAGAGGGAAUGCGCUUCCGAGGUACCGAUCGAGGCCCUGCUGCAGACGUGCCGAACAGUCCGUCCUUGUUACGGGGACGCUCGACGGAGUUCAGCACGAAGAGCUCGAGCAGUGGCUUCGUAGUAUGACGGCGUUGCCGUUCGAACACAUUAUAAAGAAACAAGGGCACGCCUACGUCGGGCCCGCUGGCGGCAUGGUGAGGUUUUCCGAGGCGACGUAUUUCAAAUCCGAUAGAAAAAUCGCUUACAUAGCAAACGAGCAUCGAAAGAGACAACGCGGCGACGCUGAUAACCAGCCGGCGAAUAGGGAAUCGCCGCCGUAUGCUCUUUAUGAAAACCGAGGCUCAUACACCGUGUGCGUCUGCGCGCCCGGCGUAUCCGAUAAAGACCAAGCCCGUCUUGAUGUUGGUGAAGACGGCCAAACCUUGACGAUAUCUGCCGAAUUCGAAAUUAACUGCGUCGGCAGCAAGAUAGUUGACCACCUCCCAUCGACGCUCAAUCUUGAAGUCCCCCUUCCAGGCAAGAUAAGCAAAGAACGUCCUGUGAAG